AUUGAUUAUUUUGCAGGCAUUUGGCCGUUCGGUCCCACUAUUUGUAAUCUAUGGGUGACGUGCGAUGUGUUGUGCUGUUCCUCAAGUAUUCUCCACAUGUGUUUCAUAUCUGUUGGACGUUAUAUCGGUAUUAAGAAUCCAUUGCACGCCAGACAAGCGCCGCUUCUGGUCUCUCGGAGGGCCGUCCUCUUCAAGAUUGUGUUGGCCUGGCUUUUGUCGGCUGUCAUCACUUCGCCCCUCACUAUCAUGGCACUAUUCGAUACCAGUAAUAUACAACCGGAACCACUGGUCUGUGCCAUAUCUAGUCGUCCUUUUCAGAUAUUGGGCUCAUUGAGUGCCUUCUUCGUCCCAAUGGUUGUUAUGUUGUCCUCAUAUGUACUCACAGUUAGACUAUUGAGAAGAAAAGCCAAAUUCUAUGAGGACUCGACUCAUAACUACUCGACGACCCAAACGGACAAAGAAUCGUCAGAAUUCAAUAAAUUCAAGAGAACCACUCCAUCAUCGGUCAAAGAUUAUUAUUUAGCGAACCGAACCGUAAGCUCGAGCUCUUCCUCAUCAGGAAAUAGCGCUACUUCUGGUAAUUUACAAUUAAUGGUCAAUCAGUGCUCGACAUCACAGUAUGAAAUGAGUUGCACUGACUCUCACUUACGACCCAUCAGUCCAUCACAUAAUAAUCAAUCGACCAAACGAUGGGACUCGACGUCCAUUAGGAGUGAACCAAAUCAUUGCACAACAACUAAGUCGAGCAGUCGGAAGACAACACAGCCAUUGAUGUUGAGGACACUGGGCUCGAGUCUUCAGGUGCGUAACGAACAAAAGGCCACCAAAGUGUUAGGUCUGGUAUUCUUCGCGUUUGUCAUAUGUUGGGCGCCGUUCUUCUCAUUGAACUUUAUGUUCGGAAUCCUUCCCUCCCAUGUGUUGGAGUCUAACAUUCCCGAUGAAGUGACCACUACUUUCUUAUGGCUCGGCUAUAUCUCAAGUAUCAUAAAUCCCAUUAUUUACACAAUUUUUAAUCGCAAUUUUCGUCGGGCUUUCAAACGAAUACUUUUGUGCCAAAUCUGUGCAAACGAUUCGCUUCCCAAUAGACGCUAUAGUCAGACGGCAUCUCAAAUGCGAGACAAUACCCAUCAUAAGCGCUGUUCGGCGUCUCCGGCGCACCAGAACUCCAGAUUAUGUGAUAUAAACACUUCAUUCAAUGACAACAGUGACACCAAUGACAGCAAUAACCAUAGGAGUCAUAACCAUAACUAUCACAACCAUAAUAAACCCGUGUCCUGGAAGUUCAACACAACGUUCAACGCCCGCAACAACGGCUCAAAAGCGACCCAAUCCUACAAUUUAGACCGUAAUAUCGAGUGUUCGCUAUAAUUCAUUAGUAAAACAACAUCUCAAUACAAAUCACAAUUUUUAUUGUCAAACAAUGAAAUCAAAUCACAAUUUCUAUGAAACCAUUGAUACGAAAGAAAAAUAGACUAAAAAAAUAUGAUCAGAAAUGAGGCCUCGAAAAGCCAUUUACAAGAGCAUCGAAAGCCAGGCCAGGAUUAGUGUGAGGCCACCAAAAGGGGUAUAUCUGAUCACUUCCUUGUUCUGAGUCAAUGAGUAUGUAUAACACGUGCCACAGAAGACGCACAUUCCGAUUGUCAUCAAAGUUCCCACCUAUAAGUCAAUUCAAAUUAAAUUAUUAACAAAUUAAUACUCGUAUUUUGUAUUUCUAUAUCUCAUUAAUUUAUUGUCAUUAUUAUAGUCGUUAUUAUAAUUGUGAAAAUCAUUCAUAAAAACCAAACAUUUUAUAUAAUUAUUACUUUUUUAGGAAUCAAUUGUUUUUUGAAACCAAAUAAAUGUUUAUUUUAUAUUAAAAUACAAUUAUUUAUUAAACUCCCAAUAAUUAUACGAUGAAUGAAAUGUAAU